UUGUCAUAGCAUGGUGACAGCAAGUACAGAAAACAUUCACGGGUGCAUCAUAUAUGCAUAUAACAUGGAUUCUCAACCAGAUACAUCUUUUUACUAGAAUCCUCCACCCCCCUCCUUCAGUUGCAUCACCAUGCUAAAAGGAAAAACAGCAUAGCCAAAAGCUUCUACGAUCAGAAAACCACAACCAGGAGCAACAGGAAUGGGUUCCUUUGCUAAUGGCCAGAAUGGUUCGGAGCUUGGCAUCCAGAUGCCGGCCAUGGGGAGCAGCGCGGUGCCGGAGCCUCCCACAACAUCUGUAGCAGCAAGAUGUCCACGGCUGGACAUGGCCAUGGUGGCCACCAGAGCUGCAGCCCUCGUGAUGGCGCUGCUCUCAAUGUCGCUCAUGGUCUCCGCCAAGCAACGGGGUAGUCUCAUCAUCUUUGGCAUCGAGAUUCCACUGUAUGCCAAAUGGUCCCUCUCUGAUUCGCUGAAAUCCUUGGUUGGGCUAUCUGCGGCAGCAGCUGCCUACUCUCUGGCACAACUUCUGUCGAUUGCGUACAAGGCCUUGAAGAAAGUCCCUGUGGUUCCAUCCAGGCGCUAUGCCUGGAUGCUGUUAGCUGGUGAUCAGGUCUUUGCGUAUGCGAUGUUGAGCGGGGGGUCAGCAGCGGCGGCCGUCGCAAAUUUGAACCGCACCGGCAUCCGGCACACGGCGCUUCCCAACUUCUGCAAGCCCUUGCCACGUUUCUGCGACCUAUCAGCAGCCUCCAUCGCGUGCGCCUUUCUCAGCUGCGCCUUCCUUGCCGCAUCCGCUGUAAUCGAUGUUAUCUGGCUGUCAAAUCUGUGAGAAUGUGAGAUAGAUGGUGGCAAACUAGUACACCCCUUGGCAGGGAGUUCAACUUUCAGGGUGCUGUGCCUUUAGAUGAUGCGCCGAACCUGAACCUGUAAAGUGUCCUGAAGUCCUGUGAGUUGGCUGCUUGUACAAAUUGGAGCCCCCUUGGUGCAAUGGAUGGCAUCACCUGGAUGUUGAUUGUUGAUUUGCAGUGUUGCGAGUUUGCGUUUU